AAAAUAAGUCCGUGUCUCCGUGAAGGGGGAAAUGAAAACCAGGUUAAGAUUUCCAGCCUUGCAACAACCUGGGCAUCUUAAUAGUUUUUUGGACUCGAGAUCAAUUGGGUCAUGUGGGAAUUUCCUCCUCCUUCGCAGAAAGUCUCUUUACGCGCACUGACGGACACUCCCCCGACGCAGCUGAAGGAGCCGCUCCGGGAGACUCAUAUCCGCGGAAAGGUGUCGGUGUCAUCCAGAGAGAAAAAGAAGCUGAACGGUAGAAACGAUGGGUACAGAGACCAGCUCGACCUUUCUGGAUUCGGAGUUUCGCUACAUGCUCUUCCCAGUUGUGUACAGCAUCAUCUUUAUUGUGGGCUUCUUCUCCAAUCUUUAUGUGCUGUUCGUUCUGCGGUGUCUCCGUGAAGCAAAGGCCAUGGGAGAAAUACGCAUCUACAUGACCAACCUGACCAUCGCUGACCUCCUUUUUGUUUGUUCGCUACCCUUCUGGAUUGGGUACUACAGGCGUAAGGGGGAUUGGGUCUUCCAGGAUUUCAUGUGCCAGCUGGCAGGAUCGUUAUUUUUCAUCAACACUUACGGCACCAUCCUGUUCCUCGGAGCGAUCAGCCUCAACCGGUACUGGGCGGUCUCUCGGCCUUUGGACGCAGCCUCGUCGGACCACAGGCGUCGUGGGAUCAUCGUAUGUGUCGUAAUCUGGGCGUUUACCAUUUUAUUGUCAAUCCCCUCCUUCACUUCACCGGGUACCAACGAUGAUGGAAAUGUAACUCGAUGCUUCGAGGGGUACCACAAUCAAACGGAGGACGAGAAGAGGAAAGUGGCAACUACGCAUUUCGUAAUAAUCGCGAUGUUUUUUCUUGUGUUUUUUCUUGUUGUCGUGUGCAAUUUCCUUAUUGCCCGAAACUUACUUUCUCAGAGUACACCUCAGUCAGUGGCUUUCUCUGACACAAUCAAGUCCAACAGGACGCUUACGUCUACGUUUAAAAGGCCCAAUAAGGCCAGAGGGGUGAAGAGGAGGGCUCUCCAGCUGCUCCUGGCGGUGGUGGGGGUGUUCGUGUUGUGCUUUAUGCCCCACCACGUCGUCCAGGGCCCCUGGGUGCUGGCUGUGCUGGAUAUAAAGGAGGGCUGGGGCCACAUAAACUGGAGCCAGGACACACGGCAGGCACUCAACGACGCCCAUCAGAUCACUUUGGUUCUGAUGGGCGUCAACUGUAUCCUGGAUCCUGUGGUGUAUUUCUUUGCCACAAGGAAGUUCAGGAGAUUCAUUGUGGAGCACAUCAAAAAGUUAUCUAGAGGGGAGGCUUGCUCCCACUCAGCGAACAUCCAACUAUCCAUGGACAGCAGGAACCACAGCCAGAAACUUCCGAGUAUCCAGCCACAGCCGGGCGAGGAAUAACUCAUUGAUAGACACAAGAACACAUGAGAACGGGUGUCUUUAUUGGGACGUGUCUCAUACUGAACUGGACUUUACUGAUUUUGUUUACCUUUCUGUUGAGUUUUAAUGUUUGCAACUUGUUCUUUUUUUUAUAGUUCCUUCACACCAAGCUUCAUUUGACCAAAUACCUAAUAUCUGUUUUUCUACUUAUUUUUUGUAAUUUUCCAUAUAUUUUUGAACAUUUUCAUAUGUUGUUUUUUUGCCUUUGCCUUGUGUCUUCUCAUACUUUGGUGCAAUAUUCUAACUGUUACUGUUACUGUUACUUCACUGCCAGGCACUGAAUCUUGGCCCACAUUUGGGUUCGCUAAAUGUAUGACUGCAGCCGUAAAGCAACAAUCAGAUAACAGAAAAAUGCUCCUGGAAUGUAAAAAGCUGCUGCUUAUUAAUUAUUUUUAUUUAGACUUGUCUAUCAGCAUGUCUUAUCUCUCUUCAAUUUUUUAUUUUAUUUUAUUUUAUUUUUAUUUUUAUUUUUUUAACCAAUUUUAAUCUUUUCUUUGUUGUUGUAACAAGCUGCAGCUGCAGCUAUUAAAUUUCCACUGAAAUGUUCCAACCUUGAACCUUGAGCGCAGGCUGUUGCCAAAAAACUGCACAACUAAGGUUUUCUGUUGAUGGAAAAAGUUUUGUGUUUUUCUACUUUAUUAUUUAAGUUAAUAGUGUAGUUCUGGUUUUACUAUAUCUUUUAAAAGCAUUAAAACUCCUUGAAUUUGUUGUAUUAUAAUCACAAGAUGUAAUGUAUUUCAUUGGAAUGCAGAUGGUACAGAUUGUCUCUGAUUUCAGACCCCUGUGUGGCAAUGGUUUGUAGCAGCAGCUUUCACUCCAACUAAAACAUUUGCUUCUUGUGAAACAGCCACAAGAAUGAAAUCCCCAGAAGGUGCUGAAGAAAGCUGACGGGUAAGAUGGAGUUACAGGAAGUUUAAGGAAGGUGAAAAUAGUUUAUAUGGAGCAAUGAUGAGGAAGGGGUGACUGAACUCGGGGAUUGUUUUAAAGAAAACCCUAAAACAUACGGCAAUGAUGUUUAUAUUCCCUUAAACCAGAUUCCUGUGGCUUCGUUUGAUGCAUAAUUUAUUUAUGUAGAGUGUAAUUUAUAAGAAAAGCAGCACUGUGUUUGUGAAAAAUCUGUCAAAUUUGAAAAAACGACUGUUGCUAGAGUGCGCACUGUGGCAGUUGAAGAAUUCGGUCAUUGGAUUACAAUGUAAACCUGAAAACAGCCAAACAGUGUUUUAAUCAUCAAUGAUAUUGGAAGGAGAUCAUCUGUGAGCAUCAAUUUUUACAUCUUAAUUGGAUUUCGGUCUGGACUUUGACUAGACCAUUAUAUCACCUAAAAUGCUUUGAUCUAAACUAUCCAUUGUAUCUCUGGCUGUAUGUUUAGGGUCAUAUUUAAUUUCCUUUUGGGAUUAAUAAAGUAUUUUUGAAUUUGAAUUUGAAUAGUCCAGCUUUAAGGUGAACUUUCCCUUCCCUCUCCUGCAUUUUGCAGCUCCAACGGGUUGUUUUUGCCCUGUAUUUACCUCCAUCCAUCUGAACAUUUCUAUCCCCUUGGCAUGGUGCUGCAAACACCACACUUUACUUUGGGUAUGCUCAGUUUAGGUGGACCAACAUAUCUUGGUAGUUUUGCAGUUGUGACAUUCUCUUUCCGCUCCUUAAUCUAAUCUUGGUUUAAAUUUCUCUACAACUUCCUCCUUGAGCUGGUUGUGGUUCCUUGGUCUUCAUGAUCCUGUUUGGUCCCAAAUGUUCUCACAGAACAGCUCGACCUUUUACUAAAUUACACUCAGAUGGACUUUAUUUAUUGUACAAUGACUUUUGAAGCGUGAAUUAAGGCAUGCUGUAUGCUUCAGUUUGUCUCUAAGUAAUUUGAAACCAUGUCUCAUUUCCCAUCUGCCAGUGCUAUACAUGUUCUGUGGCUAUAAUGUGAAAACAUGUGAAAUAGUUCAAUGGUUAAAAACAUGUUUGUAAGAGAUUGUACAUUGGUAACAUGCUAAUAAAACUAUGCACAUUAA